CUGAAGGCUGAAUCGAUGCUGAUGGUGACGUCAUGGUCGUUGUUUCGAAUGUCGGGAGCUCGCGCUGGGUAGGAGGCCGCGCGCUCUGCUGGGGACACAACUUGUAGAAAUCUGAAGCCCGAGGCCGUCGACAGCCCCCGGUACCGUGAAUCCCAGGAAUAUCCUCUCCCAUCCCCCUUACCCCCUCUGUCAGAGUAUGGCUCAGGAGACCAAUCAGACGCAGGUGCCAAUGCUUUGCACUAUGGGAUGCGGUUUCUAUGGUAACCCCCGCACCAACGGCAUGUGCUCGGUCUGCUACAAGGAACACCUGCAGAGACAACAGGGAGGGGGACGCUCCAGCCCCCCAGGAGAGAAAGCUGCUACGUCACCAGCAGGAUCACCGGGGUCAGCUGGUGUGACUGUGGAGAGCACAACCUCAGAGCCCAGUACAGAGGUGGCAGGAACCCCACCUGAGGAACAAACACCUAGUCCCAGCUCUCCCAGCCCAGUAACUCAACAGAUGACAGCUAUGAGCAUCUCCCAGGAUUCGGGAGCUGUAGACUCUGAUCGAGCAGAGGUUGAGGAGGGAGAAGAGGAGGGCACUUCCAACAGCUCAGAGCCAGUGGGGGAAGCAGCACAGGCUUCAUCUGAUGGCGACCAAACUCCUGAUAAAAACAAAAAAAAGAACCGCUGCUUUUCUUGCCGGAAGAAAGUGGGCCUUACUGGUUUUGACUGUCGCUGCGGCAACCUGUUCUGUGCCAUUCACCGUUACUCUGACAAACACGACUGCCCCUAUGAUUACCGGAGUGCAGCUGCUGCCCGCAUACGCAAGGAGAACCCCAUCGUGGUGGCGGAGAAAAUUCAGAAGUUAUGAGGACUGAGUGCAAAACAGAAAAAGUCUCUCUGACUUUGUGAAUUUGAACAAUGGCGACUUGGAUGAAAACACCUGAUAUCAUGGCUUCAUUUGUUCAUGGUAGACUAAGGCGGGUGGGGUGGGGUGGUUUGGUCGCAGCCACAGUCCAGACACUUCCCUUACUAGCAUCUCCCUCUCUCUCCGCUAGUGACUGCAGCCGAACCUGAGUGUUUGUGUAUGCGAGUGUGUGUUUGUAUGAAAGUGUGUGUGUGUGUGUGUGCGCAUUUGCUUGAGAGUCGGGGAGACAGCCGUAGGGGACAUUUGUGUUGCCGUGGGGAGGGAAGGCUUUUUUUUUUUUUUUUUUUUUUAAACCCCUUUUUGUUUCUCAACUUGAGGGGAUCGUGUGAGUUUAUUUUUAUACAGUCCCUGUAGGUUGUUGAAAUUAAAACAGGGAUAAGCUGUUAAGGAAUGUGUCACAACCUGCAUAAUGACACAGAGGAAUAUUUAGAGGGUCUAGUGAGUUUUAAAAAAUCUGACUGGGUGAUUUCAUGUAUCAGCAAGACCUUAUUAAGGGCUUUGGAAUAUAAAAUUCUCUCCCAGACUGAAAAAUGAUGUCAACUUCUUGUCAAAUUGGCAUUUUAUUUUCUUCCCAGCUCCCUUGCUCUAUGGGUCACCUCACAUUGAACUCCAAAGUCUCUGCAUUUUCCAGAUAUGUCUCUCUUUGAUAUAUUGACUUAUAUGGAUAGUGGGUGCAUGAACAGUUAUGGGAAGGGGAAGGCAGGGGAGGGGCAGGGGAACGGGAAACCGAGAACCUUGACUUAACUGAGUGAUUGACUUCUGUGUUUUUUUUUUCCUUUCUGUUUUAAUGAGCGUAUGACAUCAGAAGAUCUAUAUUAAUAUAUUGUAGUUAGCUUGAAUUGUGUGAUUGCAUUCUAUUUAUUUUUUAUCGUUUGGUUGGUCUGUGCUGGAGGAUUGGCAGCAUGUGUCAGCAAAUCAUUAAGAUUUGCACUUAACCUUUUCAAUUAUAUUUAAGUAAUUCCAUCUUGAUUAUAUAACCAUUAAAGAAAAACACACAAGCUCUGACAUGGUGGAGUAGAGUCCAGUUAAACCGUUACAAAUAAGAUUGUACAGUAAGAUGUCCAUUACUUUUGGCUUUGGAAACGAAGCACAACAAAGUGUGUCAACUGCAGAGCACAAACUAACGUGCCACACCUACUCAGUUUUGUUCAGCAUCCGGGUCGUUUGCAGUUUAUAUUUGAGCUGUGUUGCAGGCUCACUGAGGAAAUUGCCUUGUUCGAUUGAUGAGCUGGUUGAUGAUGAUGGUUUAGGGAGGUGAUGUGCUCUUCUUGAAUGCCCUUUUAUGUUCUUUGGAGUCAGACUGGAGCUCCAUGUUUCUCUAACCACCAGCAGACCACUGACACAUGCUGAAUGAAAACUGACCUGGGUCGCAGUUACUCUACGUAUGACGACACACGUUCUGCUCAGCUAAAGUAAGAUUGUCGCGAUGCUGCAGAGUUGCGUGCUGUGCUUUUACAAUGUGCUCAGAUUCAGACGAGUCCAUAAUGCGAAGACCGCUUCUAGCUAGCUUCUUCUAGGAAGAUCAACCUUACAUGCAUGUGUGCAGUCGAGCAUAUGAGUUACUGUUUUGUAAGUGACUGCGCAGUUUGAAAUGAAGCUGGAAUGUUUAAAAAGCCACACAGCAGUAGCACAAUGCAUGGCUGGAACCUUAAGGUUCAAGUUAACAGGACUCUACAGUUGUUUUUUUUUUUCCAAAUGUAAAUACCAUAUGGCUCCUAUUCAUAUAGUAUAAUCUUAAUGUAGAUUUUUGCCAGAUAAUAAAGGCGGGGGAUUAAGGUGAAGAAUAGUGCUAUGUGUAUUAAAGUGCUUUUCAUAAUUAUCCAAAAAAGAGAAUGCCACAACUGGCACUGAUAUCUUCCCCAUCUUGUUUUCCCCCUUUAUUUACAAGUUAUUACAUAUAAAGUAUUUUCAAUUACUGGCUCUACCACGAGUAUCUCCCACAGGCCAUGUGGCUUCUAUUUUACAAUAGUAGUCGGAUUGUUAACAAGCCCCUUUAAGCUUUAUUAAUGUUGCUGAAUCACGCAGUAUCCCACUUGAUGCUUUUAUCCUGUUACUGAAGUCUUUUCAUAGCAUUGCGAUAUUACUGAGAGUUAAAAUGGCCCCUUGUGAGAUAUAUAGGGGCAAUUGAGAUUUCACGUUUUCAUUAUUAAAAGAUUUCCCUGUAAAUGUUGCUUGAUCUUGAUCAUUAAAUAUUUAUGAAAGAGCUGUAGAAAAGUUGCAAGGAAUUCGCGCAGUGAGCAUUUUCAAAAUAAGACCAAUGCAGAAUGUGCUGGAUGUGAAUGAGACUCUUUCCGUCUAUACACAGAAUAUCACGUUGGACCUGAGUGACUCUAGUUCUGGCUCCUUUGAUUGAAAAAUUGGCCUUCAUCAGAAUUCCUGUUUAAGUCUUUGUGUUGGUGAUGGCUGGCAUACCAACAUUAAGACUAUUAAACUGGGAUAAGUUGGUCAUCUAUAGCGACUGUGAUGUAAUUUCUUCCUCCACCUCACCUCUAGUGGAAAAUUGAAAUUCAGAAGGAGUUUAUCUUGAGUGGUGACAAGAAGUAUAUUUGUUCUAUUUAGGGGGACUUACGGUCGGUGCUGCUCUGCAGUUUGGUGUACGUCAUAUACAUACAGAAUUCUCAGACUUGCUGACUUGAUGACCAUUACAAAAUAUUAUUGCAUAUAGAACAGUUGUCCUUUACAGAUUCUUUCAUAGAAGUCUUUUCGUAGGAUGAUUGUUCGACUGUGUAAAUCAUGGGGAUUUCAUGGUUUAUACUUGUUUUCUAUUGACUGCUCAUAUCAGUGUUCCAACCCUUUCAACCUUGUUUUUUUUUUUAAUAACCAUGAGCAGUUUGAAUGUAAACCACCAUAAUUCACACAAUAAGUUGUAAUGUCAUUUAUCAAACUACUGGCCCUGAUACAGACUGUCUUUGAGCAGAAAAUGGAAGACCAGUUGUCUUACAUGUGAUUCGGAGCAAUUGGAUCACUAAAAUAGUUUUGACUGUUUGAGACUUGCCACCAGCAAUUAGGGCUACCGUACCUAAAUGAUUUAGAUAUUAUCAAUACAUACACGUUUUUCUGACUUCUGUGGCAUUGAUAAUGUUUUGAUGUCUUCAGUCUUGUCUCUAGCACAGCCUUUCAUAACCAGCGUCUUAAUCGUGCAAAGGUUUUGAUUGAUGAUAAUGAUAAAUCUGCAAGUUACGACAAAUCUUGUUAAAAGUUUUGCUUCACUGCAGAAGUAAAGACAAACGGAGACAUGACUUUCUUCUUUCUGUCUUUCAAGAUGAGCUUUAGGGGCAUCAAAUGAAAUCUACAAUGUUCACAGAGAUGUAGUUCUUGUCCCUUGGCACUCCAGUCCCCCAGAAACACCACCAGAUAUCUUUUUAUUUUGUUUUUUUUUCUUUAAAGAGUUAGGAUUGUAUGAUGUGUAAGAGUAAGUAUAAAACAAUAAAAUCACAAAGUUUAUUUUAAA